CACUGAGCUGGCACAGCUGAUUGACAGUUGGAUUUUUCUUAGAUUGAUCAUACUGCAGAAUCAAAGCUAGCCUCCGCACUGAAGAGAAGGCCUUGUGAAGGAGGCUAAAUCAAAGCGUAGGCCAAGGUGUCACCCCUUUCAAAUUUCUGGCCUAAAGAAGCCAUGACUCAAGAGGGUGCUGCAGAUAUCUCUCUAAACAAAGAGGACCCCUUGGAUGGGACUGGGUCCUGGUUAGAUGCUCACUAUGACCCUGUUGCAUCUAUCUACACCUUUUCAAGCUGUAUGGCCCUCGAAGAUGUGAACUGUGACGGAGAUCACUUAUUGCUCAUCGGAGACAUGGGGAGUGGGCAGUUUGACAUUAAGCUCAAAGUUUACAAAGGCACAGAGAUGAUCUUUGAGACUCCUUUACUAGACCUGCCAACCGGAGUAUGUACGUUCUACAUGGACACUACAGACCCACACACACCAGCUGUGGCUAUUGCCUCUGGCUCUAAUGUAUACAUCUACAAGAACUUUAGGCCAUAUUUCAAAUUUAAUCUCCCCUCACUUGAGCUGAACAGUACUGAAUGUGAUCUCUGGGCUCAAGUCAAAGAGGAUAAGAUCGACCCAGUCAUACUAAGGGAAGCACUGGCGAGUAUGAAUCAUGAAGGUGCUGAUAUCCCACUCUCUGUUCGGUCACUCAAGUUCCUUCAAUUGGAUCCUAGUGAGUUGCAGCCAUUUGUGAGUGUGUUCAAGCAUAUCCCGCUGAAACGUCAAUCUACCAUCACUUGCCUGAGCACCCUGAAGAAGAGUCAUGCAGAGGACGAUGCUGUCAGCUGUUUAGUGGCGGGCACUGAGAACAAGGGCCUCUACAUCCUGGACCCUGAGGCCUUCACUGUUCUAACCAAGAUGUCUUUGCCGGCAGUCCCAGUGUUUUUGAGUGUGAGUGGGCUUUAUGAAGUGGACUACCAGAUAUCAGUGGCCUGCAGAGAUGCAUCUGUCUACACUUUCAAGAGAGGAGGGCGGACACCCAAGUACAAGAUUGCUCUUGGGUCACAGCCGUGUGGCCUGCUCCAGAUGGACAAACAGAUUGUGCUUGGGUGCAUGGACAACUCUCUCUCCUGCUACACUACAAAGGGCAAACGUCAGUGGAGCUUCAAGCUGCCUGACUCAAUCACAGCACUGGAGCUGCUAGACUAUCAGGCCCGGGGGGUAAAGGCAGUGAUUGUGGCCAUGAGAAAUAAAGAGAUAAGGAUCUUCAGGGACAAGUAUCUCAUGCACACUCUGCGAGUUGACGAUAUAGUGGUUGGGAUGAAAUUUGGGAAAUUUGGACGUGAGGAAGCAUCCCUCUUGCUGGUAACUCAAGGAGGGUCUCUAAUCAUCAAGAUCCUGAAAAGAACAGCAAACCUGGAUGUCAAAGAACUUACUCCUGGUCCUCCCAAGGCUCAAUCAGUGAAGCUUAAUGUUCCCAAAAAAACGAAAGUAUUUGUGGACCAAACUGUGCGAGAAAGGGAAAACGGUGUAGUGAUGCACAAUACUUUCCAGCGUGAUUUAUUGCGGCUAAAGUUGGAAACAGCUCGUUCCUUUGUUAAAGCUAUUGGUACUUCAAUGUUACCAGUAGCAACAUCCAGCACAUCGUGCCUAAAGAUUUCAGCACAGGUGCAGGGCUUGGGGCCUCUUUUCAGACUGACCGUGGUUAUUCAGAACACGUCUCUGGUUACAGUUGCUACAGACCACUUCGUUACAUUCAGGUGCAAUGAAUCAUUAUAUCGGAUAAGCAACAAGCUAUUGCAGCUCCCUCUACUUGUUCCUCUUCUCUCAUACAACUUCGAAACCAUGGUUGAAUGUCUGGAUGAUAUGGGGAAAACUGAUGAAAUUCGUGUAUUUGUUUUUAAGCCUGGCAACCCGAUCCCACUUAUUACCGCUGUCAUUAAUAUGCCUGUUAGUGAAAGUGUUAUUGUUGUGUAAUUGUCAGUUACAGAAUGGCUAUCAUUAUAGUCAGUACGUUAACAUUAAUUUUAUUGAGAGUAAA